AUGAGCAGCGCGAGGAGAGAAGAACGGAGGUCGAUCGGUUGGGAGUCGGCGAAUCUUGCUCCUCACCGCUCCGAUCCCAACUCCCCCCGCCAACUACACUCCUCCCCAGCCCCCGGUGCCGUCCUGCAAAUCGAGUCCCUCCUGCUCUUUCGCGAUGUGCCCGUACUCGAGCGCGAGGCGCUCUUUCUCCGCAAACUCCGGAUCUGCUCUGUGCUCUUCGACUUCUAUGACACGCUCAAGUCGGCCCGCGAGAAGGAGGUGAAGCGGCAGACGCUGUCGGAGCUCGUCGACUUCGUGCAAUCUGGCUCCGGUCGGCUCAAUGAUCUCCCUCCGGCUUCCCAUGAAAACACCGGCGUCGAGCCCACCGACCCAGAGGAGGAGGACCCCUACAGGUGGGUGCGCCGAGACGAGUGCUUAAUUUUUUUUUUUCAUUUUGAUUGCUGGGGGAAGCGCGACGAGGCCCUCAUCCUCCCCGUGAACGAUUGCAUCAGCGUCACCCUCGAUCCCGACCACCUCUCUACCACUACCACCGUCGCCGUUAGCCCCACCUUCGAUCGAGAUCGGACCUGGCUUAAUGGCCAGGAGAUUUCUAUUUCCAGGGACAGGUUCCAGAAUUGUUUGAGGGAAAUCAGGAAGCUCGCGAGAGAUGUGGAGGAUGUGGACAAAGGCGUCCUGAUCAGGAAGGAAGAUUGGCAGAAACUGCAUGUCCACAUUGCUUCUUAUAAUAACUUCCCCACUGCUGUAGGGUUGGCUUCUUUAGCUGCUGGCUUUGUUUGCCUUGUUUUCACCCUGGCAAAGCUAAUGAACGUAGUCCAGGAUCACGGAAAGCUUUCAUCUAUAGCGAGGCAGGGAUCAGGUAGCGUGUGGCGUAGUCUGUAUGGUGGUUUUGUUAAAUGGGCGAUGGGUGCGGAUGCUAGCGGAAGUGAUAGCAUUGCAGUUCCCCUUGCCCCAGAAUCUCAUUGGAAUGAUCUUGUUAUUAUCAUUUCUGUGGCUGAAGGAGCAUAUGGAGUAUUGCAUAAAUCAUCCAGAGGAAAUGAGCAAACUUUCAAAGCUGAAAGCUCAUAUAACUGA